GGGUUGAAGGUUCUUGAAAUGAGUAUGAUAUUGAUGAGCUUUUGCCUCGUGAUUGUUCUGAAUCGCUUUCGUUCGGUUUCUUGUUUGUGGGUUUGUGCUGUGGCUUCAACGCGAGCUACCAAAGACCUCAAAUGUUGUCGUCUUGAAUCUUUUGUGCAAUUUCGCGUUGGCCAGUCGCAGUACUUCCUCCUUAUUCCAGUUAAACUCUGUCAAGGUUUUCACCUAGCUAGUGAGCUGUUAUUGACAUCGGGUUACUUUGCUGUCCUGUUUGCUAUGUUAUCCUAUCUUGCUUCUAUUUUUGUGCUGAUCUUCACAUAGUCAAGCAUGGAACGUGUCUGAGAGGAAUCUCGUGCUGGGGAGCUGCUCGACAGAGGAGGAGGAUGCCCAGAGAGUGUGCGGAGAAGAGCCAGAACCUGCAAAAUCUCACUCAGCCGAAUAUUGUCAAAGUACAGGGAAUGCUCUCAAAGAUAUAGUGCACUGGAUUCAUUCAAUGGAGAAUUCUUUUCAGAAACUGAAGGAACUGGUGGAGCUUGCAAUUAUUCACUCUCCCCACCUUGGAAGGGUUGGUGCUAGAUCUAUAGGAAAAAAUGAUGUGAGGAAUUUACGGCUUCAAUUUCAAACCAAACUGUCGGAUCCUCUGUUUACUGGAAGGAAACUACGAGGAGUUGGGGGUGCUCGCAUUUCUGUUGCAUUGAUCGAUGCGAAUACAGGGGAUGUUGUUACAUCAGGCCUGGAAUCCUCCAUUAAGUUGGACGUCGUCGUGCUUGAAGGUGACUUCAACAAAGAUGAUGAGGAUGACUGGGCUCAUGAAGAGUUCGAGAACUUCGUGGUUAAAGAGCGUCAACAAAAGGGGCUGCUUUUGACGGGGGAUCUCCAAGUGACGCUCAAUGCAGGUGUUGGGGAGCUGGGAGAACUGAUAUUUACUGACAAUUCUAGCUGGAAUAGGAGUAAAAGAUUUAGGAUAGGGCUUAAGAAGGCAUCCGGUUAUUGUGGGAAUACGCGAAUCAGAGAAGCCAAAACAGAUGCCUUCCGUGUCAAAGAACAUAGAGGAGAAUCAUCCAAGAAACAUGAUAUACCUGCAUUCGAGGAUGAGAUCUGGAGGUUGAAGAUGAUUGCCAAGGAUGGGAAAUAUCACCGAAAACUGAGUGAAGUUGGAAUACAUAAAGUGGGGGACUUUCUACUUCAAUUGUUUACGGACCCCAUGAAACUGAAAGAGAUUCUUGGAAUGAGCCCAAAUUCGACGAACUGGGAUACCCUUGAAAAUCAUGCAAAGAGUUGCAAGAUAAAUUGGAAACUUUAUUUGUACUAUACUGAUGGCACGAAGAAGCAUGGUGUUGUAUUCAACACUGAUCAUCAGCUAAUUGGCCUAAUCAAAGAUAGAGUAUAUUGUGCUUCUGAUGGACUUUCUGCUGAUGAUCUGGAACAUGGAGAUACAAUCGUGAAAAAGGCCCUUGGUAACAAGAAUGAUGUUACAGAGUUCAACGGUGAAACCUUUUCCCCUUCAAUGCAAAAGGAGAGCUCGAGCUCCAUUCCAUGCAAAGUAAUUGAAGGAAAAAUUGAAAAUCUCACCCCUGUUCAAAGUAAUUUGGCUCCACGAGUCUGGGCUGCUGCAGGUGGUUCGGAAGCUCCUCUGGCAAAUGUGGGCUUGACUGCUGAAGUUCUUUCUCCAGGACAUGAUGGUGCAACUGCUUUGGCAUUGCCAGUACAGUUGCAAAAUACCAAUUCUGGAAAUGCUAUGAAGCUUUCGGCUGAUGAAAGUGUUCAUCUCGCUGCACAGAGGCCCUUGAAUGUUCUAAUUUCUCAGGGAGAGAUCCAUUCUUCGAGGCAAAUGGACUAUACGGUGAAUGAGAAUGGUCCCCCCUCCGAACCACCCACUGCCUUAAUAUUAGGCUUCCAAUCUAGCAGUACCCUUUCUCAUCCUCAAGGCAAUUAUGGGGUGGAAGGUUUCCAAUCAAUUGAUUCAGAUGAUAUUUUGGGGAACUCGUGGCCUGAUGACCCAGCAUCAUCUGAGUUUUGCUUGCACCUUCCGUUCUUACCUGUAAUACUCGGGAUACAAAAAAUAAAGAAAAGAAAAGGAAAGGUUGAAAAGUCAACAAGAGGGGAAGAAGACCGAGAGUUUGCAAAAAGAGAUGGGAAGAGAGAACCGAAAGACGGGGAAAGAAAGACAAAGAAGAACAAGAAGAAGGAAGAAAGAAGAGCACUCGCCAUGGAUGUCUCGCCAAGCCAACUCAAUUGCAUAGCGCAAUGCUCGGUCUUUUGGUUAGCAGCUAGUAGAACAAGAGCGUUAUCGAUGAGGACUUUUGGAAGUGGACUUUGGAUACGGUUCGAGGAUACAUUCUUCAAGAAAUGGCCAUGUCACUCCCAUCCCUAUAGUUUUUGGGGUGUGACGUCAUCAUAUCGUGAUGGUUUUGUUAAAGAUACUAGGAAAGGUGUUAAUGCCUGGCUCAAGAUAGAUAAAGGUAGAGUUGCAAUGGGGUAUCUUCGUCAGGAAGAUGGUCAUGGAGAGACAAGUCAAAAUGAUGUAGUUAGUCAAGGCUUGAUUUGACUCAUUCUUAAUGUUGUGUUGGUAGGAUGAUUCUUUGUUUACUGUUUAAUGGAAUUGAUGGGAUUCUUUA